AUGCAAAGGUAUUGGUGUAAUUGCGUUCUUGUCGACGGUAUUUGCCUGAGCGUUGGCGUUUUUCUGAAUGACUUCAAACAUGAAUUUGGCUCCACCACAUCGCAGACAGCAUGGGUCAUGUCCGUUUUAAAUGGCAGUUAUCUUUUUGUGGGUCCAAUUGUCAGCUGCAUCGCCGAUAAAUAUGGCUGCCGAAAAGUCACAAUUUUUGGAGCCAUCUUUUGUAGUAUCGCCAUUUUUUGUAGUGCCUUUUCUACUUCCAUUGUUUGGCUUAUCGUUACUUUUGGUGUUCUCGGCGGUAUUGGUUUGGGUUUUAUGUAUUUACCGGCGAUCGUUAUGGUUGGUUAUUAUUUCGACAAAAGGCGCGCCCUUGCAACGGGAGUGGCUGUUUGCGGAUCUGGAAUUGGUACUUUUCUUUUUGCUCCAGUUUCCAAUUAUUUACUUCAACUAUUUGGCUGGCGUGGUGCUAUGUGGAUCACAUCUUCCCUUGUGUUGCACGGUGUUAUAUUUGGUGCCUUCUAUCGUCCACUCAGGCCUGCUCAAACUCCACAAGUUAUGUCAGACGGAAUAACAGUUGAUGAAAUCACCGAAAUGCGCUCGGACCAUAACAAUAUGUUAAAUCGUUUGAAAUCUGAAGACAAUCCAGUUCGAAACUCAUCCAGACGACACCGUUCUCUUGAUAUCACUGGAACUGGUACUAGCUUCUUGCCUCACGUUCGUAUUAACACAUACAACGACAAACAGUCAAAAAUUGCACGACUGGCGAAAAGCCAAGACGUUAUUCCAACGGAAGUACUGAUGCGAUGGUCUCCUAAAACUGUUACACCGUUCUACCGAAAGGACGUGCUUUACACCGGAAGCGUCCUUCACUUAGCGCAAAAGAUGAGAUCACCAAGUAUGAAUGAAUUUAUCUCAAGUAUGGUUGAUGUCCCUGGACAUUCGUUCGAUGGUGACGAGGCAAAAAGGUCCUUAUGGGGAAAAACGUGUCUCUCGGCGAAGAAGUACAUCGACUUUUCUUUGUUUCUCCGACCGACGUUUGUGCUCUACUGUUUGUCUUGUGUACUUCACAUGCUUGGUUUUUUCGUGCCAUUCUCUUACCUCCCUUCGUUAGGCGACCACUUAGGAUUCAGUGGACGCCAAUCUUCAUUAUUGAUUUCCAUAAUUGGGAUAUCGAACACUAUCUUCCGAGUGGCCGUUGGCUGGGUCAGUGACCAGAAAUGGGCCAACUGUCUGAUGAUCAACUAUAUAUCUUUGCUACUGGCUGGCACCGUCACAGUUCUUGUUCCCUACUGUCUCAGUUAUGAACUGUUGUCCGCCUAUUGUUUCGUCUAUGGCAUGUGUAUUGCUGCUUUCAUUUCCCUCCGCUCAAUUAUUAUGGUGGAACUUUUGGGUAUAGAAAGAUUGACAAAUGCUUUUGGUCUUGUCAUCAUGUCACAAGGAAUAUCAUCUUUCUUUGGAAGCCCCAUUGCUGGUUUAUUAUCAGACUGGUAUGGAAGCUAUAAUGCGACGUUCUAUAUGGGAGGCGCGACUCUCAUAGCAGCCGGCUUGUUAUGCAUUCCGUUACGCUCGGUCUCGAAUUGGGAACUGGCCAGAGAAUUAAAGAAAGAAUCAGACAAAAAGGAUAAUGCGGAAAUGCAGCGCAUGAUAUAA